CCACCUACAAACCCUCAACCCAGCUCCUCUGGUGGAUAAUUCAACGUUUGUUCGUUUGUCAGUCUAACGCCAAGUUCGCUAGGCGCUUCAGUCGCUAAGCCGACGUAGCGUUCCAACCUGCAAGAAGCAGCAGCCUGACGGCCUUUCUGUGAGAAACUAAACAAAAAUGCCUUCGGCCGCUACCAAGAAGAAGGAGCUGGAGAAGAAGAAGAGCGGCAAGCUUUCGAAGUCGCAGAGCACGGCCUCGAUGCCGCAUGCCGACUCCACUGCCUCUCUGGCGUCCAAGGGCGGCCCCGUCGAGGAUGACGCCUUCAGCUCCCGCACCGUGACCGGCGUGCUGAGCUCGCGGCCCACCGCACGCGACAUCAAGAUCGACGGCUUCAGCAUGGGCCUCAACGGCUGCGAGCUGAUCCAGGACUGCUCCAUCGAGCUGACCAUCGGCCGCCGCUACGGUCUGAUUGGCCAGAACGGUUCCGGCAAGUCCAACUUCCUCAAGUGCAUCGCCAAGCGCGAGGUGCCCAUCCCCGACCACCUGGACAUCUACCACCUGGACCAGGAGGCCGAGCCCUCGGAGCGCACCGCACUGCAGGCCGUCAUCGACCACAUCCAGGCUGAGCUGGAGCGGCUGCACGCCCUGGAGGAGGAGAUUAUGUCCACUACCGGCCCCGAGGACGAGCGCCUGGAGGCCAUCUACGACCGCAUCGACGAGCUGGACCCCGCCACCUUUGAGAGCCGCGCCGCCGAGCUGCUGCACGGCCUGGGCUUCAGCCCCGCCUUCCAGCAGCGCCUGACCAAGGACCUGUCGGGUGGCUGGCGUAUGCGUGUGGCGCUGGCCCGCGCCCUGUUCGCUGCCCCCACGCUGCUGCUGCUGGACGAGCCCACCAACCAUCUGGACCUGGAGGCGUGCGUGUGGCUGGAGGAGUACCUGAAGAACUACAACAAGUGCCUGGUCGUCAUCUCGCACUCGCAGGACUUCCUGAACGGCGUGUGCACGCACAUUAUCUGGCUCACCCACAACAAGCUGACGUACUACACCGGUAACUACGACACCUUUGUCAAGACGGUGGCUGAGAACGAGGUGGUGCAGAUGAAGAAGUACCAGAAGGAGCAGGAGGACAUCAAGCACAUUAAGGAGUUCAUCGCCAGCUGCGGUACCUACGCCAACCUGGUGAAGCAGGCCAAGUCCAAGCAGAAGAUCCUGGACAAGAUGGAGGAGGCCGGACUCACCAAGCCCGUGCAGCGCGAGCGCACCUUCCAGUUCUCGUUCCCCGAGUGCUCCAAGCUGCCUCCCCCGGUGCUGCCGUUCAUCAACGUGUCGUUCGCUUACAGUGGCAAGCCCGAGGAGUACCUGUACAAGGACCUGGAGUUCGGCAUUGACUGCGACUCGCGUGUGGCGCUGGUGGGACCCAACGGCGCGGGCAAGUCCACGCUGCUCAAGCUGAUGACCGGCGACCUGACGCCCUCGGUCGGCACCGUGACGCGCCACCCCCACCUGUCCAUCGGCCGCUACCACCAGCACUCGGUGGACCAGCUGGACGAGGAGAAGACUGUGCUGGAGUUCUUCAAGUCCAUGUACCCCAACACACCCACCUUCAAGCGCGAGGAGGACGAGUGGCGUGGCUACGUGGGCCGCUUCGGCAUCAGCGGCCGCCUGCAGACCACCAAGAUCGGCAUGCUGUCGGAGGGCCAGAAGUCGCGACUGGUGUUCGCCAUGAUGUGCAUGAAGAACAACAACCUGCUGCUGCUGGACGAGCCCACCAACCAUCUGGACAUUGAGGCCAUUGACUCGCUGGCCGACGCCAUCAAGCGCUACGACGGAGGAAUGGUGCUGGUCAGUCACGACUUCCGCCUCAUCGACCAGGUGGCCAAGGAGAUCUGGGUGUGCGAGGACAAGAAGGUGACGAUGUGGAAGGGCGACAUUCGCGACUAUAAGGCGCUGCUGGCCAAGAAGAUGGGCCUCAGCGGCGUGCCCGGCAAGAAGUAAACUGCAGCCCCCCGGCAACAUAUCGGCAACAGCUCGGGAAUAGCUCGCCAGCAGCACACAGCUGUAGCUGGGCUGUAGCUGCGACCGCAGCCAGCCCGGGUGGCUAGCCCGGGUUGCGGCGCCGGCGCUGUAGCUGUUUGGGGUGGUGCGAUGCGUGGAGGAAAAGAGCGGGAGCUGCACGCGAAAGCCUAGAGCAUGGAGUGCCCAGCCAGAGCCCCACAGAACAUGGCCGUGGAGCGUAGGGAGUCCUGGAGCGGCCAGAGGCGGGUCGUGUUUUGUGCGUUUGCGCGUUUGUGAGCGUUCGCGUGUGCGCCUGUGUUGUGGCAAACGCGAGUGUGGAGAGCGCGCGUAGCGGAGCGACACAGCGGAGCACGGACGUGUGAUCCUGUUUUGUUUCUGUGUGCUUGUGUGUUGAAAGGUCGGCCUGAUUUGAGACAGAGAAAAGAGAUGUUUCCUUUGUGUGUGGUUGGAGAAACGUAGGAGACCACUUUACUCCAAGCUGUCCGCCUGCCAUGGGGCCCUUGAUAUCCCUCAUCGCCGUAUGUUGUGUCGGGGGAGGGGAGUUUCGGGCCCCCAUGCAUUCGACAGAGUUGUUCACGGAGCGCCUUGGUCGUGUGCUGGUAUGAGUUUGACUUGAGCAGAAACGGGCUUCACGUGCGUGCGUGGCAUGCCUCGCGAGCUGCGAUGUGGUGUCUCUGGCUGGUGGUGUGGCUAGUGAGUAAGAAAGAGUUUGGGACCGAGUUUGCAGGUGCUGGGAGUAGCUGCGCUGUGCGAGACAGAGCGUAGUGUGUGCGAAAGCCGAGUUGCGGACAGACAGACACAGACAAACGAGGCGGAGUGGGAAUGAGGACAGGGGUGCGCGCAGUGCGUCUGUCCCCAGAACUAAGGGUGCGCUGGCUCCAAUAAGCCAAGCUGCAAUGUUGUGCCUGUAACACCAGGCUGCA